UUUGUUUUAAAAUCCAAUUGCUAUAAGGAAGUUAAAGUUAUCUUCACGCGCCGUCUCUAAGCGUUGUAAAAGAAAGUGUGAUUCACGCGCUUUGCUUCUUCCGUUUGCCCUAAACGACUCUGCUAGAGAAGACGAAGGAGAGAGAAAAUCCCUCCGAUUAUAUUCCGUACAAUCCGAUCGAUUUCCCGGCGCCAGAUCUCACCGCGACUCGUCUACUUUCCGAUUUGGUUCGUGUUGACUCAGUUACGAUCUUCGUGUACAAGCACCUUUAACCUGAUGAAUUCUGUAGAUUAAACUAUGGAUCCAAUGGAUAUAGUCGGCAAAUCCAAGGAAGACGCUUCUCUUCCAAAAGCUACGAUGACUAAAAUUAUAAAGGAGAUGUUACCACCAGAUGUUCGUGUUGCAAGAGAUGCUCAAGAUCUUCUCAUUGAAUGUUGUGUAGAGUUUAUAAAUCUUGUAUCUUCAGAAUCUAAUGAUGUUUGUAACAAAGAGGAUAAACGGACGAUUGCUCCUGAGCAUGUUCUCAAGGCAUUACAGGUUCUUGGUUUUGGAGAAUACAUUGAAGAAGUCUAUGCUGCGUAUGAGCAACAUAAGUAUGAAACAAUGCAGGACACACAGAGGAGCGUGAAAUGGAACCCUGGAGCUCAAAUGACUGAGGAGGAAGCAGCAGCUGAGCAACAACGUAUGUUUGCAGAAGCACGUGCAAGAAUGAAUGGAGGUGUUUCGGUUCCUCAACCUGAACAUCCAGAAACUGACCAGAGAAGUCCGCAAAGCUAACUGAAACCGUAAGGGUAAGUGUUAGGCAAGAAAAAACAACAUCCUUUUAACAUUCCCUUGUAAGUUGCAAAUGCGUAUGUUCUCUGUUUAUAUGCUCUUAGUAUGAUAUAUGUUAGUUAGUGUUUCACGAUCUAAAAACACUUGUGAUUCAGAUGUAAUUAGUAAGCAUUCCUUGUUUUGUGUUUACUUGUGUCUUGACUAAGCAUGGUGGGUCAGGUCUACACAAAGCAUCUGAUUCGAUGACUUACAGGAAUCUUAAUGUUUGUAGAUUGGAUAAAUUUGGUGAUUGGUGUAAUUGUUUUUCCAUAAACACAAUGCAAUCAUUGUUUAGUGUUGUUAACAUUUGCCCUGUGAUUCUGACGCGAACCGAGAAUACUGUACUGAGCCAAACAUAGAUUUUUGGUUUUCG